AAGGGAUAAGGAGGACUGUGGAAGAAAGAAGGUGGAUGGUUGGAUUCCCUCUCUGAUCUGGAAGGAAUGAUGACCCAGGAAGGAUGUGCACCAGCGGCCAGAUUAUUGGGAGCCUCUUGGUGCUCUCUGUGCUGGAGAUAGGGCUGGGGGUGUCCAGCGUGGCCGUGGGGGCGGUCAGCUUCAGCCUGGCCCUCCGAGAGCACAAGCCUCAGCUCGGAGACUCGUCCCCGUUUCUCCUUUGUGGCAUAUGUGGAAUAUUGUGCGCCAAAAAAAAAUCAGGACUUGUCAUGAUCCUCUUCUCAGCCUGUUGCAUCUGUGGACUCAUCGGAGGUAUCCUCAAUUUCCAGUUCCUUCGUGCAGUCACAAAGAGGACCUCUGCCCUGUACCCUCUGCAUCUGGCCUCCAUGUCCCUGGCGUGCAUUGGGAUCGGGGGUUGCACCCUGUCCUCCUGGCUCACGUGUCGACUGGCCAGCUACGAACAGAGGAGGAUGUUCUCCGAAAGGGAGCACUCCCUGCAUCACUCUCAUGAAAUGGCUGAGAAAGAAAUGACAGACAACAUGAGCAAUGGAGGACCACAACUGAUAUUUAAUGGAAGACGAUAACCAAUUUCUUAAAAUUUGAACAUUUUUAGUAGGUUCCCAGGGCAAGGAGAUAUUAAAGGACUAGGGAUAAAAUUAAAAUAGCCCUUGCAAUUUGCUUUAUCACUCUGAGCAGCCACUAAAAUUAUUCUUCCUUAAUUUUGUCUCAAUUAUUCUCCAGUCUUUUUUAUGGAGUGGAGAACUUUCCAGAAAUGAUCUAGUUAGUAAUUUCAACAGACUUUCCAGAUGGUUCUGAAGGAGACGUUUUGGGGAAAAAAAAUGUAAUAAAACAGAAAUAAGAUCCAUAUUCUACACAAACACUAUUUGACCAGCAUGAGAAUUAGAUUUGUAAUUACAUAUUUCAUAUGAACAAAUCAAAGGUACAAAUAACAGAGAACGACAAUCACAUAUUGGUGUCUUUGUUUUGAAAGACAGAUGGCUUCUAGAAUGCCACAAUUUAAAACCUCAGCAACGCCUUGUUAUAAAAACAUUGUAAUUAUUUUCAAUUUGUGAUUGAACUAUAUUUCAUAAUUUAUUUGUAAAUAACAAACACAUAAAGCAUAAAGAAGAGUUUUUUAGGGAGAGAAUAUUAAUCUGUAAGAUAUUUUUGCAUUUUUUGAGCAGGACUGAAAAGUUGUAAGUAAAUAUCAUAUAAGAAAUUUCCACAUUUUGAUUAUACUCUGGAUUGAUUUGCAUGUUCAUGAAUGAGCCUGAGAAUAAAGUAUGUAUUU